GAUUGAUGAAGAAAACUGUGCUUACUAUAUCACUUGGGACACACGUGCAGCUUGUGCUGUGAAGCAGCAGGAGGUGGAGGUGGUGAACGGAACAGUUAUUGAUCCUGCAACUGGGAAAAACUUCUCUUUAGGGGAUGUUUAUUACAAGUUGUACACUGCUUCUGGUGACAUACGGACAAAUGGUGAUAAAUAUGUAUAUGAAAUUCAACUUUCUGGUAUAAGAAACUCAAGUUUCUCAGAAUGCUCUGGAGCAAACAUCUGCCAGGUUAAAACUAAUGAACAUCGCUUUCGGAUAAUUGGUUCUGCCAGAAAAGCUAAAUAUUAUGUUGAGGAUGAUGACUUGGAUGUCAUAUUUUCAUCAGACUCCAGAUGUGGUAAAGAUAAAUCAAAGUUUGUGUCUUCAACCAUUUUAUUCCACUGCAGUCUACACGUAAAGGAAGGCAUCCCUGAAUUCCUUCAUGAGACAGCAGAUUGCCAGUAUUUAUUUACCUGGUACACAUCUGCUGUGUGUCCAUUAAUACCGACCAAUGAUCCAGGAAUCAAUGAGCACCAGACUGAUCAGGAGGCCCAAAUACACAAAGGCCUUUCAAGGAGAAGUCAGGCUGUUGGUGCUGUGCUGAGUGUCCUCCUGGUUGUUCUCUCUGCAUGCCUUAUGAUCUUGCUGUUCUACAAAAAAGAGACAAGGGAAAUGGUAAUAAACAAGAUAACGAACUGCUGCAGAAGAACAUCUGGUGUUUCCUACAAAUACACAAAGAUAAGCAGUGAAGAAGAAGCUAAUGAGAAUGAAACAGAGUGGCUUAUGGAGGAAAUCGCAGCACCAAAUCAAAGAACAGCAAAAGGAGGGCAGGAGAAUGGUCACAUUACUACCAAGUCUGUUACAUCUGAAGCCUUUACCUCUCUCCACGUGGAUGACCUGGACAGUGAGGAUGAGGUGUUAACCAUUCCAGAUGUAAAGAUUCAGACAGGAAGAGGACUAGAUAAGAGCAAGCACCCACCAAAGAAGCCACCCAGUCUCGGGAGUGAUGAUAAAGCUUAUUUGCUGAAUGGGGAAAAGGAAAGGAAAGCAAAAGCCAAGCCAGGGCAGCAGCAGGCACAGAACUCUACAAAUACAGUAUCGUUUCAUGAUGAUAGUGAUGAGGACUUGUUGAAUGUUUAAUAACCCCUCUUGUGCCUAAUCAAAUAUAUAUAGAGAGAUUAUAUAUAAUGGGACGACAUUUCCAACCAAAUAUGAAGACUUCAGCCUGAAAGGUUUUUUCUGAAUUAUGCCUUUAACAAGAAACCAUUGAAAAGGGAAGAAGAGAAAGAUUUCCUGGUUGUUUACAAUGAUCUGUUCAGUAAUGACUGGAUUUCUAACAUCCAGUUGACUGAGUAACGUUGAUUCUCUCUAGCCAGGACACUUUUUUUUUUUUUUUUUUUUUUUUUAAGCCUCAGCAUAGAUGUUAAAUGCUUGCUUAAAAAGGAGAAACCUUUGAAAAGAAAUGAUUAAGGCUCAGUGAAGCCCCUGGCUCCAGAGACUCAAGUUAUCUGACUACUAGCAUUUUAACUCCUUGUAUUUAUUGAUUCUCACUACUCAGGUUUGCUUAAUAGCAACAUGUUCUUCCUGCCGGCAGGGUAUUAUUCUAUGGGUUCACCCAUCAUAAGACAAGGAAAAAUAUAACUUUUAUGUGUUGGGAUGAUUUGAUGUAAAUUUUGGAGCUGGUCUAAUUUAUCCUGUAAAUUUGAAUAUCCAUUCUAAUUUAAACAGAUCAUUGGUUGAUUGAAAGGUACAACUCUGUAUAGCUUUAGCCUGAAAUGGUUGCUGUUCUUUGCAUGAUAUUUUUUUGGUACUGGUCAUCUGACUGACUGCAUCAGUUUGCCUAAGCAGCUGACAAGCACCCAAAUAUUUUUUUAUUCUCCUAGAUGAUGGCUGAACUAGGCCGACUGCACGCAGAACAAGAGUUUGCAAGGACAAAGAGGCAGAAUUCCUAUAAUACAAUCUGCACUGCCCAGUUUGUCAUCACCAAGCAAAGCCCAACAACUAGAGGAGCCCUAGUCGGCACAACAUCUCUUUGGUAUUAAUUACAAUAAAAAAAAAUUGGGCCAAUAUUUUUCUGGUAGCCUAAGUUCUAUCUGUUAUGCUAUGGUCCUGGCCAUGGUCAUUGAUCUGAAAUGUUGCUGGCAAUGAAUGCAAGUCAAAUUUCCUCUAG